CACGCCUCGCGUUUUCCUGAACGUCACGCCCUCCUAAGCUGAGGACACCACGCGGCAUUCCACACGACCAAGCACCGCAACAUCGCUCUUCUUGGACAACCGGCACACGGCAGACCUGUACAUCACUCGUAUAGUUGAUUCCGAUCAAAAAAAACCACCGAAUGGCCGUGGCCAGACCCGAGUAACCCCGCAUCGAGCGACGCCCUCUCACGCCGACGACCCCCUUUCCUCGCUCUCGCCCCUCCUUCCCCCUUCUGAGCGGCCCCUACUCCCUCCGUACCGGCGCCGGAUCGACGAGACCAUUCCAACCAUCCCACGUUGCCGGCUAUGGCUCCGGCUCCGUCAACCCCGAGACGUACGGCACGGGGUCGUCCCCGGGGCCGUCCCAAGGGGCCUGGCUCUGCAAGCGCGUCUCGAUUGAAGAGGACCGCCCCAGACGGCUCGGCCACCGAACCCCCGCCGAAGCGUCGCCGGUACAUCCCAGGCGGGCCCGGUGGCGGUGGGCGCUUUGUUGAAGAGGAUGGCACCGAGAUACCCACCGAGCCCCAGGCCUCCUCGGCAGCCGCGUCGCGCGCCCGAGCGUCUCAGGCGCAAGCCACCCCGACCGUCUAUCCGCGAAGGGAGCGAAGCACGCGCAUUCGUACCGCCGUUAACCGAGACGAGCGAGAUGAUAUGCAGUACAGCUCGGCCGCCGCCGUGGCCGCCGCCGUCGUACAGAGCGAGGGCUACAAGCCGCGCGAGGAGCGCGGCUGGGAGGAGUUCCAUCCCAACCUCGACAUCGAGGCCACUUUUAUGAUAUACCAGGCAGACGAGGUCGACGGGGUAAUCAAGUCCGUUCCGCCCACCCCGGCCGCCCAGGCCUCGGCCGACCCGGUCGAUGGCACCGGCACGCCCACCAAGGAGGCAAACCCGGGCGCCUCGCACGAGGCCAACGGGACUCCGAGCGGGAGGGACAAGCAGCCGCUCGGAGCGUCGCUAGCGGAGGCGGCGACGCCGAGCCGCCGGCGGUCCGCCAGACCAGCGCGGGAGUCGUUCUCCCUCUACGCUACCCGCUCCCUCGACUCGGGCGGCCUCCCCAAGAUCCCCAAGGUCCUCCCCAUCUCGGGCCAGAGCUCCAAGGAACGCCUGGACCUGAAGCAGCCCCAGUAUCGCAGGACGAACCGCAUUGCCCUGUUCGAGAGCAAGACGUUCGGCCAGGCCAGGUACGUCGACAGGUCGAUGAUGAAUGUCGGCUACCAGGAGAGCGACCAGUUCAUCCGGCCGGAGCGCGGCCUGAUCAAGGCGACGGAUGCCAACAUGGAAGAGGAAGUGGACCCGACAAAAGCCGACGGCGAUGCCGUCCAGCACUCGGCAGGCGCCGUAGGUCGCGUCGAGUACGACAUGGACGAGCAGGACGACAUGUGGCUCGAGAAGCUGAACGAGCAGCGGAAGGCGUCCGAUCUGGACCCCAUCACCCGCGAGAUCUUCGAGAUCACCAUCACCAAGAUUGAAAAGGAGUGGCACGCGCUCGAGAAGAGGAUACCGAAACCCAACCCGAAGCCGCCGCAGACCCACCGGCCGCGCUCGAGCUCGGCCGCCGCAGUCAACGGCGAGCCCCAGGCCGGCGAGGAGCAGGACAGCAAGUGCGCCGUCUGCGACGACGGCGACUGCGAGAACACCAACGCCAUCGUCUUCUGCGACGGCUGCGACCUGGCCGUCCACCAAGAGUGCUAUGGCGUCCCUUUCAUCCCCGAGGGUCAGUGGCUGUGUCGCAAGUGCCAGCUUAUCGGGCGUGGUAUUCCGACGUGCAUUUUCUGUCCCAAUACCGACGGCGCCUUCAAGCAGACAAACUCGUCCAAAUGGGCCCAUCUGCUGUGCGCCAUGUGGAUUCCCGAAAUCUCUCUCGGGAACCACACGUUCAUGGAGCCCGUCAUGGAGGUCGAGAAGGUUCCCAAGACGCGGUGGAGGUUGACGUGCUACAUCUGCAACCAGCGGAUGGGAGCCUGCAUCCAGUGCUCCAACAAGAGCUGCUACCAGGCCUUCCACGUGACGUGUGCCCGCCGGUGCCGCCUGUACCUUAAGAUGAAGAACAGCCAGGGGGCGCUCGCGGUCCUGGACGGCACCCUCCCGCUGAAGGCCUUUUGCGACAAGCACUGCCCGCCCGACUACGCCGAGCAACACAACGUUGCCCAGGCGACCAAGGAAGCCAAGCGCUUCUACAAGCGCACCAUGAAGGGCCGGAUCUGGGCCGACAGCCAGGCCUCCGCCUUGCAGCUCGCCGCCACCCACCGCAACGCCAGGACGGAGCAUCCGCCCGACGAGUCCCAGAUCACCGGCGCCAAGGUCUCGGCCGUGCUCGCAGACAACAAGAAGAAGGGCCAGCCGCCCAAGAACGUCUGGAAGCUACCGUCCGGCGCCCCGAUCAUCCCGCAGGCCGUCUUCGACCUGGUCGAGAGCGCGCUCGCGCGGUUCCCGAUCCGCAAGCGCAAAGACUUUGUGGGCGAGGCCUGCAAGUACUGGACCCUCAAGCGCGAGGCUCGCCGCGGCGCCGCCUUGCUCAAGCGGCUACAGCUGCAGAUGGAGACGUUCUCGUCCAUGGAGCUGACGCGCCGCAACUUUGCCGCCAUGGGCCCCUCCGGCAAGGCCCGGCUCGACAGGAGAGUCGAGUUUGCCCGGGGCCUCGUCGCCGAGCUCGACAAGCUCACGGAGCUGUGCAAGCUGGUCGAGGAACGCGAGCGGCUGAAGCUCGAGAUGGCCGAACUCGAGGCCGAAAUGGUCAACACCUGCUAUUUCCCCAUCUACAAGCUGCUGCUGCCCGUCCUUGAGAAGGCAUUUUCGCUGGACAAGAACGUCUUCAGGCAGGGCCUGCAAGAGCUCCAAGCCAAGAUGGAUCGGCGUUACUACGUGACCACUCUGCCAUUCACACAAGACCUCUGCCGGGCCAUCAAUGAAGGCAUCAAUAACCCCCCGGAGUCGGUCGUCCAGAAUUCGGGGAGACCCGUCGAGGCCUCGCCCUCUAAGCACAAUAACUAUGCCGAGAUCGGUGCCCGGAGGCGGUUGGGGAAGCGCAUCGUCAAGUCGCUCCAGCCGUACUUGGAGACGGCGCUAAGGGCCGAGGCCGAGAUCACCGACCAGCCGCAUGACGUGCUCCGCAAAGAACUCGAAGGCAUGCUCGAGGCGAGUGUGGAGGUGCGACAGCAACUGCCCGUCGCCAGCAUUACCGUAUCCCCCGACGAGGACGCAGCGGCAGGGCGGCAGGGACAAGUAGACGUUCACAUGGCUGAUGCCCCCGCCGAGGGCCAGAUCAUAGUCGCCGACCAAAGCGGGGGCGAAGAAGACGCCGAGGGUGAGCCCGACGACGAUCUCGUCAGCCCCGACAGGGACAACAUCCAGGUCGGAGGCUACGACGAGCCGACGCCCAGGCCCAACGGUGUCCUCUCUGCCGCCCACUCCGUCUCGGGCGAGCCUCAACCGGACACAACGACCCCGCACCUCGCCAACGGCGUCACCAGUCUCGACAAGUCCUCCACAUCCCCUCCUUCUCUCCCGGGAACCAGUUAUUCCACCCUUCCUCCUCCUGCUGGUGCUACUGCUCCUCCUUCUCAUCACCAGCCCGACACCACUACCACCACCACGACGUCCUCCUCCCACCCUCUUACACCGCCUCGAUCCAAUACCGGCUCCGCCUCCACUGCCUCAUUCAACGUGACCCAAAACAGUAACAACAAUGACAACAAGGACAACGAUAAUGACAACAACAAUAACAACAAUAACAACGACAAUGGCGCCUCGACCACCACCAGCACAACCGGCAACACCUGUGCUGUCACGAACACAAACACAAACACAAACUUUCUCACCCACGGCGGCAUCCCCUGGUACCUGGCAGGGUUCGAGCUGCGCGGCACCACGGCCGUACAGGAGCAGUGGACGCCCGGGCGCGAAGCCGUGCGCAGCCUGAGCGAGGAGCUGACGGACAUGGACGACGAGGCGCUGCGCGACCUGGAGUUUGACGUCGACGAGGAGAGGACGAUCACGAUCCGUGGAGAUGGGGUUUAUGGUGCGGGUGUCGGGGGUGCGGAUGAUGGUGGCGGCGGCGGCGGCGGUGGUGGUGGUAAUGACGGCGGUGGUGACGAUGGCGAGGAGGAUGACGGUGAUGAAGAUGGUGCUAAGGAUGUUGAUGGUGAAAAUGCUCAUCACAAUGGUGGUGGUGACGGUGACGGUGACGAUAGUGGUGGUAGCGAGGAGGGGAAGAAGAGGAACGGGAGCGGUGACGACACAAACGGGGUCGCGAGGACGCCGCCGUCGCCACAACUACCACAACCACCACCACAACCACAACCAAAACCACCUCCUCCACCUCGUUCACAACCGGCCGGGGCAGGCGUUGGCAAUGCGAAGAAGGCGGUGGCGGCGGCCGGCAGCAGCAGUCCGAGGAAGAGAACCCGGAGCGAGGUCGCCGCCGCCGCCGCAGCCGCCAGCAGGUCGCUUCGGAGGGGAGUCCGGAGCUCUUCCAGGAAGAAGUGAGGCCGUCUUACGGCUCUCUCUUUUUCUCUUUCUCUCUUUCUCUCCGACUUCUCUACCCUAUCGCACAGUUGUAUGAGUACACUUUGGAGGGAUGGGGGAAACUACUGAGUUCUGGUUUUCGAUGAUGCUAUGGGAAUUGGGGGGUUUGAUUUCAGUUCCUCUUUUUUUUAUUUUUUAUUAUUAUUUUUUCUCUCCUCCCCCCGUCUCCCCCCUCAGUCCCUUGCUGAUGUUGCGAGGGCUUCAUUCUAUCGGGGUUGGGCUUAGGCCCGUCUCUUCUGCGCGUCGACUUUCUUUUCUUUUCUUUCA